AUGGAUGUAGCUCCAGCAACAAAUAUAAAUGAAGUAAAGGAACGUAAGCCACCACCUAUUGUAGUGGAAAUCAAUGUAUCAUUUUCCGAAAUCCAAAAUUUAUUAGGUAAGGAAUGCUUUUUUAAGCGUACUUCCAUUGGUACCAAAGUAUUCACUCCAAACCAGGCAGUAUAUAAAAGCUGUAUGCAAACACUAAAGGAAAAUCAAAUUGAGUUCCAUUCGUAUAAUUCGAAAGAUAAUAGGUUAUACACCACCUUCUUGCAUGGCUUACCUCGUAUCAAAGCAGACGAUAUCAAAUCCGAAUUGGAGAGCUACAACUUGUCACCAUCUGCUGUAACUGAAAUUAUUACCAAAUUUAGCUCGGAUAAUAAUGCAGUGUAUAAGGUACAAUUUAUUCGAAAAAACUUUAAUCCAAGUUCUUUAAAAAAUGUGAGAACUAUAGCUAACGUAAUUAUUACAUGGAAAAAAUACAGACCGAAGAAAAAUGAUAGACCAACACAAUGUUGGAACUGUCUAAUGUAUGGUCAUGGUGGAGAGCAUUGUCAUCGAGGUGCCGCUUGCAUGAUAUGCGCAGAAAACCAUCAUACAAAUGUUUGUCCAUUUAAUACAAAUGAAAAGCGACCAGCUGUUUUUACUUGUUUUAAUUGUAAAAAACAUGGAAAAGAAAGAACUGAUCAUGCAGCAAACGACAUAAAUUGUCCACUACGUUCUCUUUAUCUGGAGACGAGGGCAAGAGUAACAACUAAAUCUCAUAAUAACAACAGAGUACAGCAAAAUCUAAAUACAUUCCAAUUCAACGGUGUGGAAUUUCCCAACUUAGUCAAUACAACAAGCCGCAACAAUAAUAUAAUGAAUGCCAACGUUUCAUACGCAAACCAGCUGAAAAAUAAUUCCGAUCUGUUUAGUGUCGAUGAACUUUUCGAUAUCUUUACAACUGCUAUGGAAGAUUUACAAAGAUGUACAUCAAAAGUGCAACAAAUUAAAGUUGUUAUGUCUAUGGUAAAGUAUGCUCAUGGCUUACACUAA